ACAAACCCACAAAUAAAAAGUGGGUUUUGGUUAAGUUUAUACCAUCUACUGAACUAUUGAGCGACAUAGAAGAAGAAGAAAGAUGGGUUCGAUAACAAUUCCUCAUGUGCUAACUUCACCGAGAGAUGAUGCUAUUCAACUGCACCGUGCUUUUAAAGGAUUUGGCUGUGAUGUUAAGGCUGUUAUAAACAUCCUUGCCCAUCGAGAUGCAACACAACGUUCUUAUAUACGUCAUGAGUACAACACCAUGUAUUCUGAAGGACUAGACAAACGUUUGGCUAGCGAGCUUACGGGUGAUGUCGAGAAAGCUGUGCUAUUGUGGAUGCACGAUCCAGCUACACGAGAUGCUACCAUACUGAGGAGGGCUCUCCAUGGAGACGUGGUUAAUGUAAAAACCGCCACUGAAGUGAUAUGUUCACGAACUCCAUCCCAGUUAGUACAAAUCAAACAAUUGUAUCAUUCAAUCUCAAAAACGUACCUUGAGCAUGACAUUGAGUAUCAGUGCAGCGGCGAUAUUCAAAAGUUGUUGCUCAAAUAUCUUGUCACACAACGCUAUGAAGGACCAGAAAUCGAUAGAAAUAUGGUAGAACAUGAUGCUAAAGCCCUCUAUAAAGCUGGGGAGAAAAGGUUAGGAACCGAUGAGAUGACUUUCAUAAAGGUUUUCAGCGAAAGAAGCCGGGCUCACUUAGCUGGGGUUGAAACUGCAUAUAAAAGCAUGUAUGGUCACUCACUCCAAAAGGUGGUGAAAAAGGAAACAUCUGGUAACUUUGAAUUUGGACUUCUAACAAUCUUGAGGUGUGCUGACAACCCAGGGAUAUACUUUGCUAAGUUACUGCACAAGGCAAUGAAGGGAAUGGGGACAAAUGAUUCAACCUUGAUUAGAAUAGUCGUUUCAAGGGCAGAGAUAGACAUGCAAUACAUAAAGGGAGAGUAUCAGAAGAAAUAUGGGAAAUCUUUGAAGGAUGCUGUUCGUUCUGAGACAUCGGGCAAUUACAGAGAAUUUCUUCUUGCACUACUCGGUCAUUAGGUAUGCAGCCAUUCCUUCUCGUUUAUGUACAGUAAUUGGCUUCUUCUUAGUUUGUAUUUGAAGCUUUGAAUCAAAGAUGGAUCAUGUGUGCAAAACUCUAAGUUUGUAAUGCUCUAGUUUGCAAGAUUGUGUAUAUACUAGUAGACAUGUUUGUUUUUGCUGUAAUGCUUUUUGUGCCUAUUUGCUAAUAAAUGCACGUAUUAUGUCUAUUUUUUGUUUUUGUUAAUAAUUAUUUCAUUUGUGAAGGAUAUGACAACUAUCUCUUGUUGAUUUCUUGGUGAUUGAGUUUUUGUGAAAUCUGUUUU